CCAAAAAGUAUCAGAAACACAACUCAGAGCUCUGUGGAUUUGUUUUAAGGAAAAUUAGACAACUAGUUGAAUGCAGUAGCAGAUGAACCAAAUAUUUUAAGAACGAGGGCUGAAUUAAAUUCUAUUCCAAAAGUUUACUUCUUAUCAGCUGAAAGAUGGGCAAUCCCUCAAGAGGGCCAUAGCAUGAGCUUCUCCUAAAGCUCUUUCUUAAAUAUACCUACAUACACGCACGCACGCACGCACGCACAUAUAUCUGUUGUCUGAUCCAAAAAGACUAUAUACUGAAGAUCACGUCUGUCUGGAUACGUUCCUACGGUUGCGAAUGGCGCUCCUGCGAAGUGUGAAUGCGCUACCGAACGCCUUCGUGUUUCUGCGUCCCCUGCUGAGAACGAAGCAAUUGGUCUCUGAAAAUAAUACGUAGGAGGCAGUAAGAUCCAGGAUGGGAGAGGGGAUGUUAUCGCUCUCUUGGAACAACCAUAGUUCUACUUUUUGCCACAUGUUGUCCUCUUUACGGGAAAAGGAAAGAUAUACAGAUGUCACUGUGACCUGUGAAGGGAAAUUCUACCCAGUACAUAAACUUGUUCUUUCAACAUGUAGUGACUAUUUCCUGAAAAUGUUUGAACGAACACCUUGCAAACACCCAAUUAUUGUGCUUAAAGAUAUUCAUUGUAAAGAAAUAGAAGCUCUCCUCAGUUAUAUGUAUGAUGGAGUUGUGAGUGUGGCACAGAAUGAUUUGUCACAGCUUAUAAAAGCAGCAGAACUAUUGCAAAUAAAAGGCUUAGCAGUACCUGAUGAACCUCCCUCCUCAAGUAGAAAAGCUCAGAAUGUAAGGAAUUUAACAGAUGGUAGAAUAAGCCCAAAUCCCAAACGCCACAAACGAGAUCAAGGGGAGAUGCAAAAUAUAUUUCAAUCCUCACCAAAUUCACCUUUCCAUCAAGAAAAAGACCAGACACAAGAUGCUUCACUGUCACCAAUACUACCAAAUAAGUCCGAACAAGCUGGAGAUAAAGAUAAAACCAUGGCCAGUGAAGGACAAAAAUAUCAAGCAUGCCAAAGACAAGAACAGGCUGAGGAUGCAUAUCAUAACCAAGAAAUAAGCCUGCAUGAUAACCAGGGGGUGGAGCAACACCACAUUAUUAAGGAUUCUCCUAAUUCAAAUUCUGAGAUCAUGGUUGAUGAGACUUUGAUUAAGGAAGAAAUUUUGGAUAGUAGUAAUGAGGGUGAUAUCCCAGACCCAGCUCUUGACUACAAUAGUUUAGGUCCAGAUUUAGGGCCUGAUAGUGGAGGAGGCGUGGAGGAUAAUAUGAAUCUGGAUUUAGCAGCAUCUUUUGACCAUUCAGAUGGACAUGCCUAUGAUUCUGAAGCAGGACCUUCAGGAUUGCAGGGGUGGUCAGUACUUAAUGAGUCUGGGCAAAGGUCAGCACAGGAAUAUUGUACUGAGAUGAACCAAGAUGUGUCUUUAGCAGGCCAGUAUAGGCCUCUCCCGCAGCAGCAGCAACAACAGCAUGAUCUGGUGGGGGCGGACUCUGGCGGUAAGAGGUCAAUAAAGAGAGGACUCACAGGAGGUCAGACAAGAUAUUAUAAGAAACACCUGUGCUCCAUCUGUGGCUAUACAUCUAAUGAAACCACAAGCUUUAAAAGACAUUGGCGCACUCAUACUGGUGAAAAGCCAUUUCUCUGUCCACACUGCUCUGUUCGAACCACACGAAAAGCAUCACUCCUGUCUCAUAUGCUCAGUCAUACUGGAGAAAAACCAUAUUCUUGUCAUUAUUGUCCUUACGAGUCGAGGCAAAAGGGCAAUUUAAGCAGGCACAUGAAGAGACACCAAGAGCAGAGUGUUCAUCAUCCAUUAGUAUCAAGCCUUAAUGAUAUCUAACCAGUAUGUGACCAAGUCCAUUAUUUCCUUGUUUAUGCAGUAUCUGUAAAUAAAGAUUUUAAAAUUUCCUACCCAAAUAACAAUUCUAGACUUUAAUGUCUUUUCCCCAAGGUCAGAAAGCCAUUAUUAUUUUGUUUAUGUAUGAUAUAAAACGAGUAGCCAGAAAAAAACUUAUUUUUAUGUAAGGAAAAUGCUAACCAGGUUACGUUUUGCCGACCUCUGUAUAUUCACGUAUUUAGUAGUAGUGGCUGAGCAGUGAGAGAGUCAGUAAAGUAUCGUACGUGUGCUUUUAAUUGAUAUAGGAAGUUUGUAUUGAGUGUAUAUCUCCUGUGUGCAUUAUAGAAGGUAAGCCAGCAUUUUGCAAAGAUGUUGGGUUGCCAGACAGAACUUGAGUUCUGGUAGAAAACCCCACAAUGUAAAAACUAACUAAAAUAAGGUUUUUCUACCAUAGUACCAACACGGUAGAGUGUUUUUAUCAUUCAACUUGAGUCCUAUUGAACACAUGUGAAAACCAAACCCUUGGAACAAGUAUGGAAGGAAACAUGGCGAGAAAGUGAAAUUUGAGUUCAGUUUACCAGGGGUAAUGCUGAAAAUCCUGAAACUCUUUGGCUUUCAAACCUAGUUCACAAGUCAGUGGUCAAGAGACCGCUGAAGUAGGGUCGUCUCAUUCGCGUCGAGACAUGCCUGAAUGCGUCAUUAGAGUGCAAUGAACAUUUCACGCCACCUACGGCGCUUUUCCGUGCAGCGCGCGCGCGCGUGUGCGU